ACAGCGUUCGCAUAACAUCAUUUUGGCGUUUUCUUCCCACACGAAAACAUGCCUUCGGUUACUCUGGAAUCGAAUCUAGUUCUCAUGUUUCGCUCAUCGUCCCUGCCAUCCUUCACGUUCACGGUAAAACACGCUAGGCAAGUAGAAUACGGAAAAAGAAUCACCUUUUGGAUUGGAGGGACUUGAAGAAUCUGGUUUUGUUUCGUGGGUUAAUUCAAAGUUUAAAUUUUGCUUGCUUUCUAAGAUUUGAUUUCGGAGACUGACAGAGAAAUAGAAGAAGCUGAGAGUGAUUGGUGGUAUGGCUUUUUGCCCAAUAUUUUUCUGUUCAAAGGGUCUGGGCCGAAAAGCGCGAGAGAAGAAGCUACCUAAAUGGCGGGUCUUCUCUUUGAAAGAAAUACUCUUGGCGACAAAUAAUUUUAACUAUGAUAACAAGCUUGAAGAAGGGGAAUUUUGCAGUGUCUAUUGGGGCCAACUUUGGAAUGGAUCACAAAUUGCAGUUAAGAGAUUGAAGGUUUGGAGCAACAAGGCAGGCACAGAAUUUGCUUUGGAAAUUGAAAUAUUGGCGAGUGUACGGCACAAGAAUCUUGUUAGUCUGCGUGGAUAUUGUGCUGUGGGGCAAGAAAGGCUAAUUGUAUUUGACUAUAUGCCAAAUUGGAGCCUGUUCUCUCAUCUUCAUGGACAGCACCCUGAAGAAUGUCUUCUUGAUUGGAAUAGACGGAUGAACAUCGCGAUUGGGUCAGCUGAGGGCAUUGCAUAUCUUCACCACCAAGCAACACCACAAGUAAUCCACAGAGAUAUCAAAGCAAGCAAUGUGCUAUUGGAUGCAGAUUUCCAUGCUCGGAUUACAGGUUUUGAAGUUGCCAAGUUGAUUUCUGAUGGGGCAACUGAUGUGAGUGCCACUACAAUUAAGGGAACCCUCGGCUACCUCGCACCAGAAUAUGCCUUGCUUGGUAAGGCAUCCAAGAGUUGUGAUAUUUACAGUUUUGGAAUUCUCUUGCUUGAACUUGCUAGUGGCAAGAGACCAAUUGGAAAACUGAGUGCCACAACGAAGCAAUCAAUAUGUGAUUGGGCACUUCCUUUGGCUUGUGAGAAGAAAUUUAAUGAACUUGCAGAUUCAAAGCUAAAGGGUAGCUAUGUGGAGGAAGAACUUAAAAGAAUGAUUCUUGUUGGCCUUGCAUGUGCUCAAAGUCAGCCUGAGAGGAGACCCACCAUGCUUGAGGUGGUGGACCUUCUGAAGGGAGAAUCUAAAGAUAAGUUUUCUCAGCUAGAAAAUAAUGAACUGUUCAAAAGCCAUCAAGCUUUAGAAAACAGAGAUAGAGCACCAGUUUCAGAGGAGAAGGAAAUACUUGAUAUGAAAUAGAAUAGUGGGCUUUAAGGAAUGGGCUUGGUCCAAUUGAGCCCCAUCUUCUGGCCCACUAUCCUACAGUGUAUUUAGAACUCCAGGAAUUGAUGGCGCCAAGAUUUUCAUUUUUUUUUCCUUUGUUUGUUUGUUUGUUUGUUUGUUUUUUGUUUUUUUCCUUUGCUUAAUCUGAUCAAGGAAAGUGUUUGAAUGCUUGACUUAAGUUCGAUGGUCAUCAUAUCCAGCAACUCUUUGGGCUUGUUUGGUUUGCGGAGAUUAUUACUUGAGAGAAAGGAAUGGAAGAUGAUUCCAAUAA